ACCAUGGCCGGCAGUGGUUAGCAAUGAGGUGAACUCAAAAAAGCAGUACACUGUGCUUUUUUAUGGCACGAGAGAGACUGGCUACAGACAAAUUCAAGACCUCUUGCCGUACGCCGAAAACAAGGAAAAGUACUCCACUAAAGAGUACAUGAAGCGAGCCGGCUUCCGUAAGGCAAUGAUUGAAAUUAAUAAAGUGGCUGAAGAGAAGGCCAAUGGCCCAAAACAUGUGGACGAAGAAACCGAACAGCAGCUAAAGACAACUGCAGCCGUUACUUCCUUCCAAGAGCCAUCUCGCCCAGCAAACAAUGAAGAAAAUAACAUGGUGUUGGUGUACUUGUCAUAUGGCAAGGUCUUUGGCAUCAACAUCAACCACAACAAGCCGGAUAGUUUUGAAAAUGCCGCUGCGGAGCAGUCAUGGAUAAAUGAGUCACGCAAAGAGGCCAAAGUACAGAAGGAGCAGAUGUUGUCUGGACAACUCGAUCCCAAAUCGCUUCCAGGACGCAUUAUCGUUGAGCCUUCGCCCAACGAGACAGGCAGGAAGGAGGAACGGAAACUAAUGAAGGAUAUCCUCAAACUUGAGAAUGCUCUAACUAUAGAGCGGGAUUUCUCUGACCUAUGCGCGAAGAUCAGACAAUGCUUGCCGCUGCGGCAAGCCCAUGUGACUAAAUGUCUAAAGAACCUGGGUCGAUUAAAAAAAUUGGAGUUGACCAAGGUAAUGUUGCUGCGGCAUCCAGAGAGUGUGGAUACGCUGCGCAAGCUUCAAGGAUAUGUUGGCAAUUUGAAAAAAUGGAAGAUGCCCCGCUCCGACAAGAUUAAGUUUGAGGCACAGGCCAAAAUCAUUCGUCAAGAGGCCACGAUCAUAUACGCGCGCUUCCCAAAGCUGUUCGACUCAGCUGAGACUAAAGACUUUUGGCAAGAGUACUGCAAGGAGGUCAAAAUUUUCAAGGAAACCACUAAAAAGGUGAAUUCAAGUCUACGCGUCGCAUUGGACGAGCGCAUGUACAACAACCUCAUUAAAGCAGGACAAGAAAAUACUCCAGCGCCCGCUGAAACCCAAUAAAACCAACUAUACUGUUAAAGUACCCAGCAUUUGUAGUUCUGCACAAUUCAGCUACAGCUCAAGAAGACGACACCACCGUGGACAAAGUUCUACUGCAAAAUUUAUAGAAUUGAAACUACAUACACAAUGUAUUACACAUGCAUAUCAAGU